GGGGGACAUGGCGUUCUAUUUCUCAUGGACCAACAGCUGCUCGGUUCAGUGCAGAGGAGGAAGAGGGAGGGCCGUGUGGCGUGAGGCAGUGCGUACGCUCGCGUUGAGGUGAAUCCACAGUCCCUCCGGCUCACAGGGAUAAAGGAUCCGCUCGCUCCUUUUCUUCACCGUCCAUCGCAUCCCUGCUUCACGAGAAGGAGGGAAGGGGAUUAAGGAGAGGAGAGCGAGAAGCGUCGUCCUUCCUUUCUGCACGCCCAGCCGGUGUUGGUGCUGAUGCUGUAACCACAGUGAGGAGCGGACACGUCCUGGUUGAUGCUCUGAAGUGUUUGAGUGGGAAAAGCACAAGUGAAGAAGGUCGCCAGCCAUGGGGAACCUCAUUAAGGUCCUUGGCAAGGAUUUAGAGAACUGUCCACAUUUUUUCCUGGACUUUGAAAAUGCCCAGCCCACAGAGGCGGAGACGGCGGUGUGGAACCAGGUCAGCGCCGUGCUGGAGGAGGCUCAUGGGAUCCUGGCCGAGCUGCAGUCCUACAACGGCGCAGGGCAGGAGAUACGAGAAGCCAUCCAGAACCCAGGAGACCUGGCUCUUCAGGAAAAGGCCUGGAAUGCAGUCUGCCCCCUGGUGGCCAAGCUGAAGAGGUUCUACGAGUUCUCCCUCAGGCUGGAGAACGCCCUGCGCAGCCUGCUGGAGGCGCUGACGAGCCCGCCCUACGCUCCCAUGCAGCACCUGGAGCGGGAGCAGGCCCUGGCCAAGCAGUUCGCAGAAAUCCUGCACUUCACUCUCAGCUUCGAUGAACUGAAGAUGACAAAUCCAGCCAUCCAGAACGACUUCAGCUACUACAGGAGGACCAUCAGUAGGAACCGGCUGAACAACCAGCAGCUGGAAGCAGAGAAUGAAGUGAACAAUGAGAUGGCCAAUCGGAUGUCCUUGUUCUACGCCGAAGCAACACCCAUGCUGAAAACUCUGAGUAACGCCACCACCAAGUUUGUUUCCGAGAAUAAGACCCUCCCCAUAGAGGACACUACAGACUGCCUCAGCACCAUGGCCUGCGUCUGCCGUGUCAUGCUGGAGACCCCGGAGUACCGCUGCCGCUUCACUAACACUGACACCAUGCUGUUCUGCAUGAGGGUGAUGGUGGGGGUCAUCAUCCUGUACGACCACGUCCAUCCUGUGGGGGCUUUUGCCAAGACCUCCAAGAUCGAUAUGAAGGGCUGCAUCAAAGUGCUGAAGGAGCAGCCGUCCAACAGCGUGGAGGGACUUCUGAACGCCCUGAGGUACACAACACGACAUCUAAACGAUGACAGCACCUCCAAACAAAUCAGAGCCCUGCUGCAAUGAAGGAGGAGGAGGAGGAGGAGGAGGCCGCAGAUCCAGCCAAAGGCUGAAAAUCAUCUCCAAGUUAAAAGCAACCUGCUGAAAACCAGAAGAGGAAUUUAAUAAUAUAUAUUGUCAGCUGUCCAUCAUCCUGUCUCUCAUUUUGUAAGUAAGAAAAGAAAAAAUAUAGAUAUUUAUAAAAGAGAAGACCACGCCGAUUUAGAGAAGGAAGGAUCAAAGAUUUAGUGGGAAACAGGUCAAAACCAGGAUAAAGGAAUUCAGCAGACCUGAAGGAAUCCGUCAUCCAUCCACUCUUAAACCAACUUUGUGGUUUCUGCUCGGCACAAGAAAAAAGAAUCCUCUGAAAAGCUUCAGCACAAACCCUGUCAGAGUGGGCUGCCUUUACUUGAAGAAUGUCCUUCACUCUGCGUCCUUCUCUCCAUGGUGCUAACGUGCGUCAGAUAUCAUUUGGCUUCGUCUUUUUUUUAGGAUCAGUUUUUCUUUUGCACAAAAUCAACAACAGAACUGAUGAGAAACCGCAGCCCAGAGUGCCAAAGCUGAAAGGUUCUCCAUCCAGGAGAUGGUUUUCACUCAUGUCAUGUGAGGCUGAAGGACAGAAAUCAUUGGAUGAGGUCAAGCAGAAGAUCUGCCAGGUUCUGUGUAAAUAUGAGGCUCCGAUCAGCUGAAGAAAACCAUCGUCCCUCCUCUCCACGGGACUCCCACCCAGGAAGGAAACUAAAUUCAGAGGAAGUGCUUUGGCUGCCAUAGACGUUAGCUAGAGCUUCAUUGAUCCGAUGUUUUCUAUACCAGGGUGUGCGCUCAGAUAGAAACGCAUAGCUGGCAUGUCGUAACAGUUGGGUCAGAAAUGUGUAAAUAAGGUGUUUUUAUUCAUUUUUAAUUGUUCAGUGAUGCUGAAGUUGGGUUUGUGUCGUCUCUCAGAAUCACCAUGCAUUUGGCUUGGACCAUUGGACUUGCCGUAGUCAUAGGUUUCAGAGGUUCUGCUUCAUUAUGGCCAACAAGUCACAAAGGGGGGGGGGUCCAUUUGCUUGUUUUUUGUAUAUUUUGUGCAACAAUAAACUUGUUGUUUAUUACAUUCA